UCGCAAUGGCUGACUACAAACUCUCAGUCCGCUACGAGAAUAAAAAAGCCUAUGAUACGUAUUCUAAGGUUCUUCUUCAUAUAGUGAAUCUCAGGUUUAUUUCAAAGGGUGCUCAGGCAGUGGAGCCUCUAAGUGCGGAUGAUGAACAACCGCUCGUUGAGACUACGACUCUAAGAGCAAUAAGCGCAAUCACACUGGGCGAAUUGCGGGAAGUAGAUCUGGGGCCUGGGCUGUUGACCGAGGUUCACGUUCAGGAGAAGAGGAGUGAGGCGGCAUGACCGCAAUUUGCGCGAUAGACUUGCUCGGUGAAUUCGCGACGCCUUUUUCUACAUGUGUGGUCUAAUUCAAAAUUGGCUCUGCGAGGAAUGUUGCCGGCAACAUAUGGCCCUACGUAGAAUCAUGGAUUCUUGUCCAGUUUUCUGGUUCGGGUACGGGGA